AUGACGCGGGACGACUCGAGUGGCGGCUGGCUGGCACAGGAUGGGGGGGCUCUGAGCAGGGUGGGGGUGUGCCGCCUCCUGCCACCACAGCUGGCACCUUCACCGUCACCCAGCAGCUCCCAGUUCCUCAUCCGUGGUGAACGUCUGCAGGACAAACAGGUGAUCCUGGACUACCCACUGAGGAAGGAUCUGGUUUACACCAUAGCGACACCCACAUUUCACCAUUGGAAGGUGGAUGACAGGAGAUGUGGCCUGUCCUUCCAGAGUCCAGCUGACGCCAGAGCUUUUGACAGGGGGGUGCGGAAAGCAAUCGAGGACCUGGCUGAAGGUUCCACAACCUCCUCUACAGCACUCCAGAAUGAGGGCGAGCUUGGCGAUGAUGACGUCUUUACUAACACCACAGACAGCUCAUCCAACUCCUCCCAGAAACUGGAGAGUUCUCUGCAGCCGCUUGAGUCCUCACCCCUUCCACAGAGACACAAGUGCAUGCUGGGACAUCGCCACGACCUCCACCACCCCUACUGGCACUCAGACCACUACUCCUUGGAGCAGCCAUUGUCUCGGCUUUCUCGCCAUGUUACUUUCCAGGAGGAUGAGGAAAUUGUCCGCAUCAACCCUCGGGAGCGCAGCUGGGAGCGAGCCACCGAGCAUCACCAUGGACGUCAAUCGACUCGCCCCUGGCACACAGGCUAUGAGGACUAUCGCCACGCUGCUGUGCGUGACAAGUUCAUCCAAAUGGACAACUCUGAUUUCUACGCCCGCUUGGCCAAGACAGAGGCACAGAAGCACGAUUACACCUACCCACUGGCACCAGCCCUGUCGCCCUCAGACUCUGAUUCCGCCCUUGGACCCUUGACAAAUAAGGGCCACAGGGGCUCAUACCGCCACGGCAUCUCCUCUGUAGUCUCCACCCAGCCCCAUGCCUUCCCCCCAAGCUCUUCCCUGUCCACCAAUGGUGGGAAAGGGAGGAAGGAGGAUGGGAUGGAGCGUGCUCAGUGUGAGCACUGCGGUGAGGCCUUUUACAUCUCCAACAACCGGAGAGGGCGGUGCCAGGAUGCUCCAGACCCUGUACAGGUGUGCAUCCGGCGGGUCAGCUGCAUGUGGCUGGCAGACACCAUGCUCUAUCACUGCAUGUCAGACCCAGAAGGGGACUAUUCAGACCCUUGCUCCUGUGAUGGGGGUGAGGGCAGCGGAGGAGGUCGACUGGGCACACGCUGGUUAGCUCUGCUGGGCUUGUCUUUGUAUCAGGCCCACUCAGCUCAACUUCAGCUACAACAGAAAUCAGACACUACACCUCUUUGUGUGCGUAUGCAGCAAAAGGGUGCUGGGCUGUGA